GCCGUCAUCAGUGUCCUGUUCUUAGCUUCCUUUCUACACCAAACCCACGGGUGCUUUUCAAAGAAUGAUUGCUGCACGGACAACAAGAUCGACACUUUGGGAAAAGACCUCCAAGUGAGCGACCCAAUCUUUACCUCGCCCUCUGCCCCGGUUUCAGCCACAGAUUGCCAAGCAUUGUCCAAAGGCACCGUGGCCCAACGAUCCAUCUCUCCUUGGAGUUACUGGAAGGAUUUCAACGCCACCCGUUACCCGCAGAACCUCUGGCAAGCGUCCUGCUCUUGCGACCAUUGUCUGUCCUUCCGCUCGAGCCCUCGGCACGACGCGAGCACCUACAACAGCUUGGAAAAGAGGGGCAAUUCGGUCACUGUGCGAAGCAGCAUUCUGGUCUUCUAUCGGAAAGAGUGUCCCGGCAGAGAAGGAUUGUUUUAUCUACAACCCCACAAUUAUGAGCUUAACGUGUCUUGCGCUUGCGUGGUUCCCAGGUACUCAAGCAAGGGCAGGAAAUAG